AUGUUGGAACGAUUGAUCACGCUGAACACUGGCCAUUCCUGCGCCAUAUUCUCUGCUGAUGGCAGUAAAAUUAUCACUGCUGGAGCUGACCAUUUGGUCAAGAUUUAUUCAACAAACCUUGUCCGAAGUGGAAACGAAACUCCACUUAAACUGAACGAUACACAUACACAGCCAAUCACUGCGUUGGCUACACAUGCAAGUAUAUCGUAUGGCUCUUUGCAUUUAUAUGCUAUUGGAUCCAUGCUUGCUACAGGCUGCAAGGACCAGCAUGUCCGACUCUUUGAUUUGGACUGCAUGUCAUUAAAAUCUGUUAUUUACAGAUCCACUUUGGAUAUCACUCACCUGGCAUUUAGUCCAAAUGGAAAAUGGAUUUCAAUUGGCACAGACGAUGGCGAAGUGAAACUAAUAUGCAUUAAAGACACCACUCGAACAAUCGCAUUAGAGGGCCAUUCAAAUACAAUCAAGUUUGUUGCGUUCCAUCCCAAAGACAAUAUUGUCGUUUCUUCCAGUACAGAUGGGACUCUUCGUAUCUGGAGACUCAACUAUGCCAAAAACGCAGCACAUGACAAUAAAGUGUCUAAAAUACCUUCAGACAUGGUUGAUUCAGCCGAGUCUGUCAAAGUGAUGCGCGAUUUGAUUAGCAGACCAACUGCAGGUAUCAAUGAUUUGGGUUAUAUUACCUGGCAUCCUUCUGGAUCUCAUUUUGCCACUCGUGGCCGUCGUCAAGAGGUGGUAGUGGUUCAAAACGGAACUUGGAAUAUCAUGUACAAGCUCAUCACUCCAGACCCUGCAUCUGUGUUGCAAUACUCACCCAAUGGUAUGUAUCUACUGACUGUUGGUGUCAAGGAGCAUUUUUGCAUUUGGCGUCCAGAGGUAGAUCGCGAGGUUCCAAUCACCAAUGAGAAAUUCGCUAUUCCAGCAACUGGUGCAACAUGGCAUCCAAGAUCUAACGAAUUACUGACGAUUGACAGCAUAUACAAUAUCGGGUAUAUAGAAAAGGCGAUUCCAGCAGAACUUCCUCAUCCAGUUACCGGCCAAGAAAAAAAAAUAGUCAAGCAGUUGCAAAAAACUGAUUUUGAGCAGUCCAAGACAGAUCGACGCAACAAUACCACAGAUUCUAACAUGGCUACUUAUAAUAAUUAUGCUGAUAAUGAGGAAAUUGAUGAGGAAGAAUACGAAGAAAUGUGUGAUUUUGUUGUGGAUGAUGACGGUGCCGGCUAUUUGGAAGACUUGAAGCGACCUUCUGAUGCUCUUCGAUAUAAGGAGCGUAGUCGUGCUACAGCACUAUCUGAACUCCAAUUAGGGGGGCUGUCUUGCUAUAAUCAGCCUAUAUUGGGCUCAACCUUUUCCAACGAGAUACAAGCUGCGUUUCAAUCUGGAUCUACCGCUGAGUUAAACAACAAGCGAUACCUUGCAUUUAAUCUUAUAGGCGUGGUAUCUAGUCUUAAGAGUGAUGUGCACUGGACAGUCAAUGUGGAAUUUCACGAUAAAUCUCAGCGACCGUUUCAUUUUACUGAUCAUUAUGGAUAUACUAUGAGUGCGCUGAACGAAUCUGGCGCUGUAUUUGCUUGCCAGGCUACUUCUUCUACGCCCAGCACCAUUUUUUUCAGGCCAUUAGACAAUUGGCCUUCCAAAGAUGAAUGGACUGUUCAACUUGCCAUUAAAGAGUCUGCACUUGCCGUGGCGCUAACCAAGAUGGGAAUUGUUGUGGCAACGGAUCUGGGCUAUCUUCGUUAUUUUUCGUAUGGUGGCUCACAGAUUGGUAUUCAAUCACUUGCUGGUCCAAUCUUGACUAUGGCUGGCCAUGCAAAAUACUUGUUUAUCGCCUACCAUUCCAGCGGAGCCUUUCAUGGAAAUCAAAGCGUGUCGUUCAUUCUCAUGGAUGCAGAGAAACGAAAAACUAUCCAUCGAGACAAUCUUCCAAUAUCGCCUGCUUCUACUUUGGAGUGGGUUGGGUUUUCUGAUACAAUGAUUCCGCUUACGUAUGAUACAAAAGGCAUUUUGCGUGGUAUGUUUUUGCAUCAAGAUGCCUCGUGGGUACCUCUACUUGAUACCGAUGUCGUUCGUGGCACAAAACAAGAUCAUUAUUGGGCUCUCGGUGUUGUUGGGAGCCAGUUUAUGUGCAUUAUUUGCAAGAAUGACAAGACUCCUCAGUUUCCAAAACCAAUCAUUAACGAGUUGCCGCUUCAAGUACCUUUUUGUCAAUUUAAUCUGACAAGCACACAAAUGGAAGAAUCAUUCUUUCAACAAAAAUUGUUUUUGAGACACAAAAUAGCAGAAAAUUCAAUGAAUAUGGAUGAAUUUUCUGAUAAUGACAGCCAUGAUACAGACAUGUUCCUACAUGAAAAUCUUGCCUUGGACAAAACGGUGUUGAAGCUUAUUCAUGGAGCUUGUACCGCCGAGCGUUCUCAACGUGCGCUUGACUUAUGCUCUAUGUUGCAUUCAACAAAAUCCUUGGAGGGAGCAACCAAGCUGGCUAUUCAUCUUCAUCUACCGAAUCUUGCAUCUCGAAUUAAUUCAAUCAAAGAGGCAAGAUACUUGGCGGAAAAGCAGCGCAAAGCUGCAAACGAGCGUCGGCAUCUCUAUAAUCAUCCCACAAAUCCUGCAGUUGUACGUGAUUUUGAAUAUGGCGGUCAGCAUGCUGAUAGAAUUUCUGAACUAGGUAUGGUUGAAAGCCUAACUUCUCAGAAAAAUGUGCGCAACUUUCAAGUAGAUGGUCAGACCAAAGCACCACAUAUAACUGAGAAUAAAAACAGCACUGCAUAUGAUCAAGCUGAAGUAAAUAGCGUCGAAAUUCAAGAUGAGUCGAAUUCGCACAAAGCAGUGGUUACAAAACUACCCGUUGCAAAUACCAAAAAGACACGCAAUCCAUUUGCAAUACCAGCAAAUUCUGCCGCUGUUUCUGUAAACAACGCAGUUGAUGGUGGGAAACCACUACUACCUGAUAUUGUUAACGGAAUGAAACUAUUUGAAGUAAUCUCUAACGCAGUCACAUUGAAGAACCAGCAAGAUGCUGACAAGACCAAAAGAUCUACCACUGAGCUAGCACCGGUUAAACGAAAGCAAACCACUUUAUUAGGCAUGAUCCCCAAACCAUCAGCUGAUAAUACUGAAAUGGAGUCUAAACCAAAAAAGCCGCGCAAUGAGAUAAAUCAUCAGCCGACUGUUCAGGGAUCAAGUUCUGUUGUUCAAGAGCCGGUCACUCUUGAUCAAUUUACCACUAGAACGGCCUUGAAUGAUCAACCUGCUUUUACUAAACCACCUCUUAAUGCAUCCAAGUAUACUGGCGAUUAUUUGAGCGAGAGUGACAAUGCUGAAGAAAAGGAGAAUAUGGAUUGCAGUUUUGCUGUUGAGAAUUUGGAAUAUUCCCGGGUGGAUAAGGGUAAAGCACCAGCUGAUCCGUCAAUGAGCCUCAAGGGAUUUAUUUUUCAAAAAUAAACUUUUGAUUUUAUGAAAAGUGG